AUGGCUUCUGACGCCACUCCCAAGCUUGCUGUCCUCGUUGACGCUGACAAUGCGCAAUCCUCAAUUAUAAGGCUCUUGCUUGCGGAGGUUACAAAACAUGGUACAGCUCUUGUCAAGCGGGCCUAUGGGGACUGGACCGGUCCUGGGCUGAAAGGCUAG